AUGACUUCACAGACUGCUGCGAGCACAGACAGGUUGAACGGGUUGAACGGGACCCAGAUAAAGGAAUGCAGCAUCCUUCCUGCGGAGUACUAUGCUUCCUUCAUCUCCACGGCCGCCAAGGAUCGCAAGCCCAGUCCCAUCCGCGGCCUCUUCCCUCUCGAACAACGCCCGGGAGUCAUCUCUCUCCUCGCCGGUAAACCCAAUGGCGCAACGUUUCCUCUCACCUCUCUUUCUUUCACCGCGCGCUCCCCUACCGAGCCAGGCAAGGAGUCGACGCUUACGGUGGACGGUGCGGCGCUCGUAGAAGGACUCCAGUACAGCGCGACGUCGGGAAUUCCAUCAUUGGUCAAGUGGUUGACGGACUUGCAAGAGAGGGAGCAUCACAGAAGUACAGACCAGGGCUGGCGAAUCAGUGUCACAUCUGGAUCGCAAGAUGCUAUCUACAAGGCUGCAGGUGUCCUGUUAAACCCUGGUGAUUCCAUCUUGGUCGAAAUGCCAGUCUAUGCUGGCGUCAUACCCAUCUUCAAAUCUCUCGGCAGUGAGAUGAUUGAGGUCGAGACUGAUGCGGAAGGCAUCGUAUCAUCCUCGCUUCGUUCUAUUCUCGAAAGCUGGCCUGCAUCUAAAUCAAAGCCAAAGGCUCUUUACACCGUUCCCUACGGCUGUAACCCCACGGGGAUGACCGCGACAUUGGAACGUCGCCUGGAGACUCUCACGCUAGCACGCGAGCACAAAUUCAUCAUUCUCGAAGAUGACCCCUACUACUACCUCUACUUUGGCUUUGCGCCUCGCAUCCCCUCCUAUUUCGCCCUAGAAGCGCAGACGGGCUCAGCAGGACAUGUUCUUCGCUUCGAUAGCUUCUCCAAAAUCCUUUCCGCUGGUAUCCGGAUAGGCUUCGCAACAGGUCCACAGCCCCUCCUCGAUGCCAUGGAUUUACACACCUCUUCGGCCAACUUGCAGCCCGCCUCGCUCACCCAAUCCAUCACGUUCGCGCUGUUAGAUUCGUGGGGCCCACUCGGAUUCCAAGCGCACACUCAGUCUGUGUCCAAUUUCUACAAGCAGAAGCGUGACGUGUUCGAGGCUGCGAUGCGGCAGCAGCUCGAGGGCUUGGCAGAAUGGACGACGCCCGAGGCGGGAAUGUUCUUUUGGUUCAAGCUGCUGCUCAGUGACGACCCGAACGUCGAGGCCGACACAUCGGACCUGAUCGCGACCAAGGCACUGGAGGGUGGGGUUCUCGCCUUGCCUGGGACGGUGUUCAUCCCCAAUGGAGCGAAAACGGCACACGUCCGCGCUGCGUUCAGUCUUCUAGAAGAGCCCGAGGUGAAUGAGGCGCUGCGGAGGCUGAGGUUGGUCAUCUUGGAGGAGCGCGGUGAGGCGUAGAUCAGAAGACAAAGCAAGCAGUAUUUGAAGUCAUCGUGUAUGCGUUACGUGAUUUGCUGCAUCUACACAUUCUACGGAAAGGCAAAAUUGUAUUGUACGAGCAACUGCAUACUUUACGGUGUCUCCUGAGGAUGUGCGACGAGCUUGACUCCGCUGACCCCACCAAGUAAUCUCUUCAAGCCGUCCGGUAUCCCGGCCAAUCCGUCUGGCAACACGUCCAUGUUGUUAGGCUUGAUCGCCUCUUCCUCCAACAGCGCAGUCAAUUUGCCGUAGAGUGCCGCACCGAAAUUCCUGAUAAUCGGGAUGGUUCACACUUUCAUACACCCACACCGCGCGUUUUCCGUCCUUUGCCUCCUCUCCGUCCUUUGCAACAGCGGGCGUGGCUACCAUUACGAUGCUCCCCCUUGGAGCAAGAAUAUCCUAGCAUGCGCGUUGUGAUCUUCGGCAUAGAAAUUGCGUCGUAGUUGACAGAGACGAAAGUGGAAGGGCCGACGAUCACGCGAACUACGGAGGAAAGUUCGCUGUAGGGCGUAGUAUAGUAGUCAAUUGGGUGGGUCGCCCCGGCAGCAACACAGUAUGCGGCGGAAUGAGUGGAACAAGUCGUGAUAAUAAGGCUGAAGCCGGAGAGUUUGCCAAUUAUAUAUUGAAUUGGCCUACGGAGCUGGCGCCACCAAUGACAAGGAUCGGCUGGCCCUUGUAUUUUCCUCGGCCGCUCUCUUCCCAGGGUGGGUAGAGCCCUGCACUGCCGCGGCAGAUCUUUUCUGCGUACAGACCGAUUGACGCAGUCGCAAGGCCAAGAGGUAGUGUGCUGGCUCUUUCGAAGGAAACAUUCGGCAAAAUCGUCGAGUACGCAGGCGGUUUUCCCAAAGGAGAAUGUACCCAUAGACAGCAGCGUCCUCAAGGAGGAGGAGGAUGUUUCGAGAGAACAGGCACUCGCCCUAACCCCAUCUGCAAUUCCAUAUUGUUGGAACGUGCCCCUACCAGGAGUGAACAGGGAACGCGAUCUCCCUUCUCCAAGCCUUGGACGUUUCCUCCGAUAGCCCGCUGCGUCGCUCCCAGAGACAAACGGCCACUCUUCGACAAAAAUGCCGAGGGAUUGGAUGUAGUUGUCCGCCGGGUUGAGUGCGGAGGAAUGUAUCUUGACCAGAACCUGACCUGAGCCAGGUUUUGGAAUCGGGCGGGUGCCAACGGUGGAUAGGGAUACCUUUGGCGGCGAGCAAGAGAGCUUUCUGGACCUCGGGCAAGGACAUGGUGAAUGUUUAAAGAAUAUGGAGGUGAGCUACCGGUCCGAAAUGAUACGACUAGUCAUAGGGGUAAGCGGUGUGCUGCGAGUUAUAUACAUUCUAGGUGACAAAGAGGGUCGGCGAGAAGGUCUAGUAGGAGCGACCGUGAUUAGAAACACCAGAUCUUGCUGAGCGAGGCCUGUAAUAUCGACCAUCGUGCGCGAACAGGCGUCGACGGAU